AAUGACAGACGCUCCCCACCGGUGUGUAGUGUGGCUGUGAAGGAUUCCCACCAGCCGACAGCAACGGGACGCGGUCAUCUCGUCGCAGUUCACCCCCCACCCUGCCCGGAAGUUACCGGAUACUUUGAAACAAACCCGGAGAACAGAGAACCCAGUCGGCGGUCGCGUGGCUCUGACCUGAGAGGUGCUAUCGGACAUGUCGGGACACCGGGUGCAGUUCGCGGACCUUCCUCCCAGUGAGCACAAAGGAAGUCCCAAAUUUCACAAACAAACCAAAAGCAACCUGAAGGUAACCUCCCCAGAGGACGCCCAGCACGUAAGCCGCAGACAGGCCUCCCCAAAUGGGACGGCCCCUUCAAGAGGGGACGCCAAAGGCAGCCGCACUGUCCCUCGAAGGCACACGUUAGGGGGAGCCCGCGGCUCCCGAGAGAUCCUGGCUAUGCAGCCGUCAGACAUGGACAAGAAGAGGGAGGCCUUCUUAGAGCAUCUGAAGCAGAAAUACCCCCAUCAUGCCUCGGCGAUCAUGGGCCACCAGGAAAGGCUGCGAGAGCAGAGCAGAAGCCCAAAGCACGGCCCCAAUCAACAGCCUGGUGUCGGCGACCAGGUUGACCACCUAUCUCUGGCUUCCCUGGAGUCGUUGGACGCCAUGUCUGACGCCGACGCACCAACAGCCUUCACCCGCGGCAGCCGGGUUCGUGCUAGCCUGCCCGUGGUGCGAUCGACCAACCAGACAAAGGACCGCUCGCUAGGUGUGCUGUACCUGCAGUACGGGGAUGAGACCAAACAGCUCCGCAUGCCUAAUGAGAUCACCAGCAUCGACACUAUCAGAGCUCUGUUUGUCAGUGCCUUCCCACAGCAGCUCACCAUGAAGAUGUUGGAGUCGCCCAGCGUUGCAGUGUACGUCAAAGACGACAUGAGAAAUAUGUACUACGAGCUCACCGAUGUCAGGAACAUCACAGACCACUCCUGCCUGAAAGUCUACCACAAAGACCCAGCACAGGCGUUCAGCCACGGGCCAAGACCUGCCAAUGGCGAUGCCAGGAUGCACAGCGAGAUGGUGCAUGCCGGUCGUGAUGGGCCGCACCCCCUGAGACAGCCCCCCAUGGGUCCGCCACCACACCACCCCAUGCAGGCAGCAAUUCCCCCCUCUCCCCACUCCAUGCCACCAUCCCCCUCCAGAAUCCCAUUUGGCCCGCGGCAGGGCUCUAUACCUGGUAAUGCCACUAUCCCAAGGGACCGUCUGUCUAAUGCCAACCCUCCGGCCCGCUCCAUCUCACCCUGUCCCAGUGCUAUCCUGGAGAGACGGGAUGUUAAACCGGAUGAGGACAUGGGUGGUAAAAGUCACAGUCUAUCCAGGGGAAAUGAGGGGUUGUAUGCAGACCCAUACUUGCUCCAAGAAGGAAGAAUGGGCAUGGCUGCAGCCCAUGGACCACACCCCAACCCUGGGAUUGAUGUUCCAGAUCAUGCCAUGGGGGGAUUUCACCGCGCCUCCAUCCGCUCCACAAGCUCUUACAGCGGGCCCAGCCCCACAGACUCUAUGGAUCACCCAUCUCUGUACAGGCAGAAGUCCAGAAACAGCCAGCUGCCUACUUUGGGCUCCAAGACUCCUCCCCCAUCCCCUCACCGGAUGGCUGAGGUACGGAUGAUUGACAUCCAUGGCGGUCCUCCUCAUGGCGGUCCUCCUCAUGGCGGUCCUCCUCAUGGCGGUCCUCCUCAUGGCGGUCUUCCUCAUGGCGGUCCUCCUCAUGGCAGUCUUCCUCAUGGCGGGCUUCCUCAUGGUGUGCCACCUCACGGUGUUCCCAUGGAGAGAGGUUCACCUGUGCGCCAGUCCUUUAGGAAGGAGGAAGUGGCAGGGACAAAGCCCCGGAACAACAUGGGAUCACCUGUAGUUUCAGACCUCCAGGGUCACCUCCAGGGGCCCAUCCCAGCAGCCAGUGAGCAUCAGACACGAGUGCGAAUGAAGGCAAUGGAGCAACAGAUUGCCAGCUUGACUGGUCUUGUUCAGCAUGCACUUUUAAAGGAGCCAAACAUUAGUGGCACCAAGGAGCUACUAAGUGAGAGGCCACCAAAGACAGCAUCUCCAGCCCACAGUGCACAUAGCUCAGGUGGUUCCCCUGUCUUGGCUCCCAAGAGCAGCCCAGCCCCAUCAAACAAGGGCCCGGUUCCUCUCAAAGUCAACCUCCUGCAGUUCAGGAAGAAUGUUUCUGACCUCAGGAUGCAACUCCAUCAGAUGAGACAGCAGCAGCUCCAGAACCAGGAGGCAUUACGAGUCCAGCUGAAGCGGGCAGAGCAGGAAAUCAGUGUUAAACUUGCAGAGGCCAUGCGAGGUCUGGAGGACCCUGUGCAGAGGCAGAGAGCUUUAGUGGAGGAGGACAGACACAAGUAUUUGGGUCUGGAGGAGCGUGUCCUCACACAACUCGGUGAGCUGGAGCAGUAUGUUGGCUCUCUGCAGAAAGAUUCGGCAGCGACACACAGAGUAGUGACCCUGAAGGAUGUGGAGGAGGGAGCGGUGACUCUGAGGAAGGUGGGAGAAUCUCUUGCUGGUCUCAAAGGAGAGUUCCCAGCCCUACAAACGAGAAUGCGCUCUGUGCUCAGGGUGGAAGUGGAAGCUGUCAAGUUUUUGAAGGAGGAACCUCAUAAGCUGGACAGCAUGCUGAAACGGGUCAAGAGCCUGACUGACACACUGAGCAGUCUGAGAAGAUGUGCUUCUGAGGGCCCUCAGAAAGGACCUGACCCCUCUGCUAAUGUCCCAGUGGACAACAGCCCUUCAGCAGCAGAAGCUCCUGUAGCAUCAGCCCAGCCUGGCUCCCCAUCAGCCCCGCUGGAGCCCCAGAGCUCCACCAUCAAAUCAGAGGUGAUGCCUUCCUCUCCGGUGGUCAUCCAUCAUGUCCAGAGCUCCCCGGUCCACAUGCAGCAGUCCCAGCAGUCUGCAGCCUUGACAGCUCAGCCCAGUCCACCGCUCACCCCCAGCCCCACUCACAUCCCCAGCCCAAACCCGAGCAAGAAUCAAGGCCGAGAAUCUCCCAAGGGGUCAGCCUCAGAUCCACCGAGUCCUGCCCGUCUUAAGAAGACACAAGGGAACCCAGUGAAUAAUGGCAACGGCACUGCCACCCCGGGUCUUGUCAUAGAGGAGCUCCAGAACAGUCAGGAUAAGAACAAAAGCAGGGCUAUGUCCAUAGAGGCAGCAGAGAAAGAGUGGGAAGAGAGGAGGCAGAACAUGGGUCAUUAUGAUGGAAAAGAGUUUGAGAAGAUCCUCCAGGAGGCCCAGGCCAACAUGAUGAAGGGCAUUCCCAGUCUAGAGGUGGAAGAGAACCCAGCACUGCCUGCUGCUGCCACAGCAGAACAAGCAGACAUCCAGAGUCCUGUGGAGUCACCAACAGAAGAGCCCCAGUCUGAGUCUCCCUCUGACAAACAAGUCAAGAAGGGGCCUGAGAAACUCCCAAAGCCUGUGCUGGAGAAACCAGCCAAGCCUGCACUGGAGAAACCUUCCAAGACUGCCACCAAGCCAGCCCCCCCUGAAGGUUUUACCAGGCAGGGGUCUGAAAAGUCCAGCAAGUCCCCACCACCACCUCCUCCCAGGAAGACCUACUCCAGCUCAAGCUCAGGCAUGACCACCACACGCUCUGGCGAAGUGGUCUACACCAGCAGGAAGGAGUCCGUCUCGGCACAGGAGGGAGAAGAAGAUACUCCACCUCCCAGUCCUCAGCCGAAGCCCAACAAGGUUCCACCAGCGACCAAGCCGAAGCCAGCGACCCCUCCCCCCAUCACUGCCUCUGUUACUGGGGAGGAGGAGGAUGAAGGGGACAAGAUCAUGGCAGAGCUCCAGGUUUUCCAGAAGUGCACGGUUAAGGAUGUAGGGGUGAAAAAUUUGGUAGAACCCACCUCUCGAAUUGAACCACAAAUCAAAGAACUAAGACCAGGGCCGUUAUUGCCCCUCAAAGAGAAAAAGCAGAGCUCAGAGCCCACUCGAGAAGAUAAAGAUCCAGACACUGAUGAAAAUGGGAACACUACCCUCCGACAGAGCCAAGGGGUGAUAUACUAUGUGACUGGCCAGAUUUCCAAAGAGCUUCCACCCCCAGCAGGAACAGAGGAAACGGCCGAACACCGAGAGCCCACACAGCCUCCAUCACAGGUGUCAAAUGUCAAUGUUAACGACAAUUCUCCAAGCCAGCAGCAGCAGCCGCCACUGUCUCCGCCACCCAAAUCACCCCCACCUGUAACACCACCACCGAUAUCGCCCAAACCUGUGGGACUGAAAUUCAAACUUCCAAGGAAACAAAUCAAACGCUCAGAGUCCUUGAAGACCAGCACAGAAAUGGAGAAGGGAAAAAUCCUCAAUAAGAUUAACACUGAAAAGAAAAGUAAAGUCAUCCAGAAAAAAGUUUCUUCUAAUUUGAAUAUAAUACCUGAGCCUGUGGCAACCACAACAACCAGUACCAUAGAAGAGGCGCCGGAAAGUGCUGUUGCUCCACCAGAAAAGGCUCCUACUGAAGCCAGUUAUCCAGCUAAAGCUCACUGUGAGGAGGGCAAUGAGGAGGCUAGUCUUAGUCCUGACUUACCUGGAGAAGAGGCACCUCCACCUCCUGACAACAUAGCAUUUAUGAUCACUAACACCAAAGUUCAGCCCCUGUCCUGCGGCGAGUACCAGGAACUGGUCAAUGCCAAGAAAGGAAGUGUCCAGACUGUUACUGUAGGUAACGCCACUAACCGGGAAAACACCACAGCAGAUCCCAAUCAGCCACAGGAUAACGGCUUCAACAAGAAGCCCGUCAUCAUCAUUUUUGAUGAGCCCAUGGACAUCCGUUCAGCGUACAAGCGCCUGUCCACCAUCUUUGAAUGUGAGGAGGAACUGGACAGGAUGCUCGCGGCAGAGUGCAUCGAGGAGGAAAGUGAGGAGUCGGACUCGGAAAAGAGUGGUGUGCUGCAGGUUAAAGCGGGAGGGACUGAGGUGGUUGAUGGCAAAAAUGUCAUCACUUCACAGAUCACCGCAGACCAUGUUAGCUUAUCAUCCUCAUCUUCAUCUUCAAUCCCUGAGCUGACAGACAAUGGAGUGAACUCGGAGUCAAAGCAGGAUGUUAAGAAGAAGUUCAAGUUUAAGUUCCCCAAGAAACAGCUGGCGGCGCUGACCCAGGCGAUUCGCACAGGAACCAAGUCAGGAAAGAAGACUUUACAGGUGGUUGUGUAUGAAGACGAGGAGGAAUCCGACGGUACGAUCAGGCAGCACAAAGAAGCUAAGAGAUUUGAGAUUACGCGCUCAAAAUCAUUAGCGGACGCUCCCAAGCCAACCGUGCUGAAGAGGCAGGCGUCCGAAUCCCUAUACAGGACGGAUGAGAUCCGGAAGAACACCUACAAGACUUUGGACAGCCUGGAGCAGACCAUCAAGCAGCUGGAGACCACAAUCAGUGAGAUGGGGCCAUGCUCCCCCGAGCCAGUCUGCACGGAGGAACCUAAAGCAGGGAAUGGGAAAAGCUCAGAAGGAGCUGGGCUGAAGAGGUCUUCCUCUCUCCCAACCUCCAGAGGGUUAGGCCCUAAGGUAUCAAGCAAAAAUUCAUUGCAGAAGAAGACUAAACCACAGCUCCUUCCUCGCCCUGUAGUCAUCCCUACUACCACCACCACCACCACCACUGUCCCCAGUGCCCCCAGCUCCGUACAACAGAACACCAGUGUCGCUUCCCCUACUAGUCGGAUGCCCGUCCCUUUGUCUGCGAAGUCCAGGCAGUCACCGGGUACUACUGACAAAGCAGGAAAACAGCAAAAACUGCAGGACGCUCAGAGGCAGUUCCGACAGGCUAACGGAAGUGCUAAAAGAGUGGGAGGGGAUCAUAAAACUACUUCCCCUACUAUACCCAUUUCUAAAAUCCCUGCUUUUUAUCCUAGCUCUAAUAAAGGCAGCUCCCAGUCUGCACAAAACUCAGAUGCUACUAAUCCCAUUAACCCUUCCUCCUCCUCCUUCUCCUCUUCCUCCUCUGUGACAAAGUCCUCCAUCCUGUCCUCUCACGCUACUCGUUCCGGUUCCCAACCCUCCUCCCACAUCCCCUCCCUGUCUAACGGAUCCCUCAAACUCCCCACACCCUCACAGCACACAGGUAAAGCUCUCUCGUUCUCCUCGCAGACUCAGAAUGGUCGAGUGCACUCCUCCUCCUCCUCUUCAUUCUCCUCCUCCUCCUCCUCAUCCUCCUCCCCCUCCCCUCUGUCGCCCACACCUUUGGGCCCAGGUGGAAAGAGCAUCCGCACCAUACACACCCCCAGCUUCACCAGCUACAGGUCCCACAACGGCAGCAGCGGCAAAUCCUGCAUCCCAACAGCCACAGCAGCUAAGGACACUACUUAGCCCCACUAUCGCCCCUCAGGCUUUACCGCAUAGCAGGUAGAGCUGCUCAUGUUUCAUUUUAUAUGAUUUUUGGUUUGCUGUUUUAUUUUAUGUUUUUGAAAGUUUCUCGUAAAAGUAUUAAGUGAUGCACUCCCCUACUUCAUGUUUUAUUUGACACUGGCAUUCUCGCACCAAUGCUUCUCUCCUUUAAGUUGCAUUUUUCAGUUUUGAAAAAUAUUUACUUGGAUUCUGAUUCUUUCGUG